AUGGAGACUACUAGGCUCUCAGCCAUCUGCUGCGUUCUGUGGUUUUUGGCAAAUUUGUCAUAUCAAGAAGCACUUUCAGACACACAAGUUGCUAUAGUUAAUAUUUUAUCUUCAACUUCCAGACUUUUUACCUUAAUCCUUGCUGCAGUAUUUCCAAGUAAGAGUGGAGAUAGAUUUACCCUUUCUAAACUAUUAGCUGUAAUUUUAAGCAUUGGAGGUGUUGUACUGGUAAACCUGUCAGGGUCUGAAAAAUCUGCUGGAAGAGGUACAAUAGGUUCCAUUUGGUCUCUUGCUGGAGCCAUGCUCUAUGCUGUCUAUAUUGUUAUGAUUAAGAGAAAAGUAGAUAGAGAAGACAAGUUGGAUAUUCCAAUGUUCUUUGGUUUUGUAGGUUUGUUUAAUCUGCUGCUCUUAUGGCCAGGUUUCUUUUUACUUCAUUAUACUGGAUUUGAGGACUUCGAGUUUCCCAAUAAAGUACUAUUAAUGUGCAUUAUCAUUAAUGGCCUUAUUGGAACAGUACUCUCAGAGUUCCUGUGGUUAAAUGUAUAUUUUCUUUUUUUUUGGGGCUGCUUUCUUACCUCAUCAUUGAUAGGCACACUUGCACUAAGCCUUACAAUACCUCUGUCCAUAAUAGCUGACAUGUGUAUGCAAAAGGUGCAGUUUUCUUGGUUAUUUUUUGCAGGAGCUAUUCCUGUAUUUUUUUCAUUUUUUAUUGUAACUCUCCUAUGCCAUUAUAAUAAUUGGGAUCCUGUGAUGUUGGGAAUCAGAAGAAUAUUUGCUUUUAUAUGCAGAAAACAUCGAAUUCAGAGAGUUCCAGAAGACAGCGAACAGUGUGAGAGUCUCAUCUCUAUGCACAGUGUUUCUCAGGAGGUUGGAGCUAGUUAGCUGUUUGUUGUCUGUAGCCCAGCUUGAUAAUGGAACUAUACAGCGAAGAGACAAUCUCUGGCAAGUUUUUGUAGAAAAAAUGUUUCAGUGCCUAGUCUGAAAAAUAACAGUUUCAGUUCUUUGAAACUCUAAACUAUAUUUUUCUCAUACCUGUUUUCUUCAUUUUCAUAAUGAAGCACUUUGCUAUGUAGCUGUGUACAUAUCACUACAGUUAUAGGAAGUUUCAGUCUACAGUCCAUCCAAAGGACCAACCUGCCUUACACAUCUCAAGGAAUUCAGCUGUUGAAAUCAUUUGAACUAAUCAAGGAAUAAAUCCUAAUGUUCUGGGACUUUAUUUUCACAUGUUAAAUGCUGGAAUAUAUUAUGAAAAUGUUUUCAAGAAAUCACUUAAGUGUUCAUAGACCAGUAUUUCUGACAGGUAAAAUGCUAAAAUAAGCUACCUGUAGUAAGUGUGGAUUAUAUUUUUGGGUUUUGUAGAAUAUUGCAAAUUAACUACACAAAAAAUGUUUAAUUUAUGCAACAAGCAUGUUUGUGCAAAUUUCAUGGGACUUUAAAAAGAAUAAGUAUUUGAGAAAAUAUCUGGUUCACUUACACUACAUUUACUGUAUUAUUCUUUUAUAGCAUUAGGUGCCUUGUAUUUUAAAUCUGUGACAAACCGUGGCAAAUUUUUAAAGGGGAAGUAUUAUUAUAAAAUGAAGAAAUAUGUAUUUCUAAAGGCUAUAUUGCUGUAAACUUAAUUGAUAAAGCUCUGCUUAAUUUAGAGUUUUGAAGAAAUAGUCUCCCUUCAAUUAAGAAAUUUUCAUAAUGGAAUGAUUUAAAUUGAAGUGACAAAGAGUAUUAUUAAAAUACAAUGUUUAUACGUGUAUUUGUGUAUUGUAGAUGUAUCAAGUGAUUUCUAAUUUUUUUUCACAUAUGAAUGUGCCAGAUUACUCUAGAACUAGAUGUCUCUUCUUUAAAUAAUUUUAGUUUUCCUGAAUAAAUUUGUAAUGGUUAAAGUACCAAGUAAGUAAGGCGAGAAGGGAUUCUGUUUUUAAAAUCACAUCAGAACUUUUCCUCUACUAAGAUUAUAAAUUAAAUGUAAAAUACUCCUAAUUGCAAUUCUUAAACUUAGGCCUUACAUGUACUUAUUAUGCAACUGCUCCUGGACUCUAUUCACCAUAGAUAUCAGUAAAUGUAUGUCCCAGGAUUCACAGGCUUUUGAUUAAUCAAUAUUCUUUUCAAGUUUUCUGUGUGAAGAGUUUAGUUCUCUUCAAAAUUUCUUAACUAAUCUGAUUUUUAAGAAUUCUCUUUGCAGUGUUUAGCUUCCUAUUCACAUUCUUAAAAUUGCUUUGGUGUUACCAUGAGUCUAAAAUGAAGUUUAGCCUUCCUUUUGUUUCAUUCUGAGAACUUCUAUAUUAUAUUACCUUUAAAAAUUGUUUAUGAUAUUAAAUUUAAAAUACAAACA